AAGAAGCGUCAUCACGCGGUAAUGACUCUCGGUUCUCGGUAUUCCAGAUUUUGCUCGGUAUAUUUUAAAUAUUUUAGGUGCUAGUGCUAGACAUGCUCCACCGGCUCCACGCUCUCAUAUCUCAAACGCUGACUGAGUCUGUGCACCAAUAAAAAAUCUUCUGUUUAUUCUGAAAGGUUAAGGUUAUAUAUCCAGUAGCUGGCAAAUACGCAAAUUUGAAUCUAGGAAAAACGUGUGACAAGUGACAAAUAGGAACGUCCACAGUAGGAUUUCUCGAAGCGAAUGAACAACUGAUUCACCGGCAAACUUACGAUUUUUUGCACGACGUUUCAUUUGAGUUACACGAUGAUUAUGGAUUAUGUUAUUUUGUGAAAGGUGAAAAAGAACUGGUGUUUCGUAUUGCAACGUGUGUUUAGCCGUACAUGCUUUCCCUUCAAUCGUAAAUAAUUUUGCCUUGUGCCAUCGGUAUUCUAACCUCUCUUUCGAAUGAGCGAUUUGUUACUUUUUUUUAAAAUACUUUGAAAGUUAAGAAUUAUAAAAUGUCUGUACUGGUUUUUCGAUCUUUGGGUGCUCUCAGACGGUGCCCCAGUCCAAUUGUAACUACGACAAGAAACAUAAAAAUUUCAUCAUCGAGAUUUGAAAUUUCAAAAUCAAAUGCCGAAAAGCAAAUUAAGCCAUCACCAGUUUCAUGGAAAAGUCUCGGUAUUUCAGCGGUCCUUGGGGCUGGUCUCCUCGGAUAUAUGUAUUACCUACGGGAAAAAAAAGAUAUAGCUUUAGCUAGAGAAAGGAGACGUCAUUUGGGAAAAGCCGCGAUAGGUGGAACAUUUGAAUUAGUUAAUUCAGAAGGGAAACUGGUCAAGUCACAAGACUUUCUUGGGAGCUGGGCAUUAAUUUAUUUUGGAUUUACUCACUGUCCUGACAUAUGUCCUGAUGAAAUUGAAAAAAUGGUUGGGGUUGUGAAUGCCCUCGAAAAAGAUCACAAUUUUAAGAUUCAUCCGAUAUUCAUAAGCGUUGAUCCUUCUCGAGACACACCCAGCGUCGUUGGAAAAUACUGUAAAGAAUUUUCUGAAAAAAUCAUUGGACUUACCGGAAAUGAAGAACAAGUUAAAAAUGCUUGUAAAGCGUACAGAGUUUACUUCAGUAGCGGGCCGAAGGACAAUGACAAUGAUUACAUUGUUGAUCACACCAUAAUUAUGUAUUUAGUGGAUCCAGACGGUCUUUUUGUUGAUUACUAUGGACAAACACAAACCGUUGAACAAAUGGUAAGCAGUAUAAUUCUCAACAAAAUCAAGUUGGAAAAAAUUAAGAGCGGUUCGUGGUUGCCUUCACUACCAUUCAGCGAUAAGUCAACAGCACUGGCAUAAUGGAGCAUUUUUCGUCAUAUGUUUUCAGUUGAUAAAAGCACUUUCAAAAGUAUUUACCGAUACUGAUUUUGUAAAACGACUAGUCCUAUUUUUGGUUAUUUGACAAUUGAAUAUUAAAAUAACUGACUUGCUUAUAUCAUUGGUGACGAUAGUUCAGAUUUCAAUAUAAAUAUACAUAUAUUUUUUGUUCCAUACAGUCAAAAUGUAAAAAGUGUAAACACUCAGAGUUUCUUUGUAUUUUAUUUGUACAUUAAAUUUUCCCACAUCA